AUGUCAGUGUGGUUGUAUGUAGGUGUGGUUGUAUGUCGGUGUGGUUGUAUGUCAGUGUGGUUGUAUGUCUGUGUAGUUGUAUGUCAGUGUGUUGUUGUCAUGUGGUCAGUGUGGUUGAAUGUCAGUGUGGUUGUAUGUCGAUGUAGUUGUAUGUCAGUGUGGUUGUAUGUCGAUGUAGUUGUAUGUCAGUGUGGAUAUAUGUCAGUGUGGUUGUAUGUCAGUGUGGUUGUAUGUCAGUGUGGUUGUAUGUCGGUUGUGGUUGUAUGUCAGUGUGGUUGUAUGUCAGUGUGGUUGUAUGUCAGUGUGGUUGUAUGUCAGUGUGUGUGGUUGUAUGUCGAUGUAGUUGUAUGUCAGUGUGUGUGUGUGUUGUAUGUGGUUGUAUGUCGAUGUAGUUGUAUGUCAGUGUGGUUGUAUGUCGAUGUAGUUGUAUGUCAGUGUGUGUGGUUGUAUGUCGAUGUAGUUGUAUGUCAGUGUGGAUAUAUGUCAGUGUGGUUGUAUGUCGAUGUAGUUGUAUGUCAGUGUGGUUGGGAGUAA